AUGGCUAGUUCGGCAGGAAAUCGGGCACCAGGCCUUCACACCCCGACGCAGUCCUUCAGUGGUUCCCCGGCAGACACCAUGACUCCGGGCCUCCAUUCUUAUAAUCCUAUCGCAAUCAAUGACAAAAAGAAGCUCAAGGAGGAGGCCGAUAUUGCCAAGCAACGUCUCUCUGAUCUCAAGUUUAAUAUUCGGGAUUACCCAGACCCUUUGCUUCCACGAGAAGUUCCCAGAGAGCGUUACAUGCCUCAAGGUCUCACAGAAGGGGAUGAGAAGCAUCUCUUGGAAGUCAUUGCCAAGUACAAGGCCGGACAGUAG